AUGGUUCUUGCUGUUGAUCUGCUUAACCCCACUCCUCAGUCCGAGGCUCAGAAGCACAAGCUGAAGCAGCUCGUUGCUGCCCCUCGCAGUUAUUUUAUGGAUGUUAAGUGCCAGGGCUGCUUGACCAUUACCACCGUCUUCUCCCAUGCUCAGACCGUGGUCACCUGCGGCUCCUGCGCCACUGUUUUGUGCCAGCCCACCGGUGGUAAGGCCCGUUUGACCGAGGGCAGCUCUUACCGCAAGAAAUAA